AACCAGACAUCUUUAGCACAAAAAAUCAAGCAAUUCCUUCUUUAAUUUGUCAGUGAGAAAGAUCGAAGAUGGAAAAAUUCAUUAUAUGUGUUCUUAUUAUGUUGUUAAUGAAUUUAGUCACUACAGAACUCAGAGUAGAAUCUGCUGUUUGGCUACAAGCUCAUGCAACUUUCUAUGGUGGAAGUGAUGCCUCAGGAACAAUGGGGGGUGCAUGUGGAUAUGGAAAUCUGAACACAGAUGGAUAUGGUAUAAAAACAGCAGCAUUGAGUACUGCUUUGUUUAAUGAUGGAAAGUCAUGUGGUGGUUGCUAUCAGAUAGUUUGUGAUGCAAGGCAAGUUCCUCAAUGGUGUCUUAAGGGCACUUCCAUCACUAUUACUGCCACAAACUUUUGUCCACCAAACUAUGCACUCCCUAAUGACAAUGGUGGUUGGUGUAAUCCCCCAAGACCACAUUUUGACAUGUCUCAACCUGCAUUUGAGACCAUAGCCAAGUAUAGAGCUGGAAUUGUUCCCAUUUUCUACAGGAGAGUUGGGUGCAAAAGAAGUGGAAACAUGAGAUUUACCAUAAAUGGAAGAGAUUAUUUUGAGCUAGUGCUUAUAAGCAACAUAGGUGGAGGAGGAGAAAUAUCUAAAGUUUGGAUCAAAGGGUCAAAAAUGAAUAAGUGGGAAUCAAUGUCAAGGAAUUGGGGUGCUAAUUGGCAGAGUCUAAGUUAUCUCAAUGGUCAGAGUUUAUCCUUUAGAGUUCAACUCAGCAAUGGGAAGACUCGAACAGCUAUAAACGUAGCACCUUCCAAUUGGAGAUUUGGCCAGUCUUACAAAAGUAACGUUCAGUUCUGAACACAUAUGAAUUAUGAUAUCAUAUCAUAAUAUCUAUUAUUUGUGCAUUCUUCUAUCUUUUAAAUUUAAUAUGUAACAGAUUGUGUUAAUUUCGUCUAAGGAAUUAUUCCAAGUGGUUGUGGCUCAGCAAUAUAUUUUAGUAUUUGCAAUGAAGCCUACCUACCAACUUUGGUAGUUUAAUAUUUGUAUUUCUAUGUGUAAUGUCAGCCCAAACAUAUAUAUUUAAAUAAUAUUUGUAUUUCUCUCA